AUAGCUAGCACUAACUGGAAGGAGACCCACACGCUGAACAUUUUUGUGACGAUGCGUGGAACCGGCCGGGUUAGCUAUCCAAUGUCCUACCCCACCUCCACGUGGUGCGGACUGGCAGCUUUCAUCUAUGGUACCAACUCUUGAAAUUGUUGCCACAAAUGGAAAGACCAACAGGGAGGGCUACCUACACUCACUCACCAACCCGCCUGGCCAGCGUGGUAAGUUAUGGCCAAUAACCCCCAAGAUGAAAACACAACUGAAACCACGGCCCUCAUUCCCCGGAGGCUGGAUUACACCUGGUCAAGGCAGCGACCAGUGCUGUAUGAAAGCAGAGGGUGCUAAGAAUCACCGGGCUGGACCUGGCUGCCAUUUGAUGAUGAACCUGGCUUACUAUAAUGGCAGAUCGCUCUCUUCCGAACCAAGACUACAAGAACUGGAAGAAGAACUUCUCAAGAUCAAGUGGGAUGUGACAGGACUGAGUGAAGUAAAAAGAAAUGGUGAAGGUCAAAUUCAACUGCAAAAUGGACAUAUCUUCUACUACAGAGGCACAGAAAAUGGAAAGAAUAGUGAAGCUGGCUUUAUAAUAAACAAAAGGUUGAAAGAUACCAUCUUAGAAGUAGAUAGUUCUUCAGGUAGAGUGGCAAGAUUAGUUCUUAGACUUUCAAAAAGAUAUAAACUACAGAUCAUCCAAGUCUAUGCUCCCACAACAAGUCACCCUGAUGAAGAAAUAGAGGAUUUUUAUGAUGAAAUAAAACAGAUGAAUGAAAAAGGGAAACACUAUGUAAAGAUCAUCAUGGGUGACUUCAAUGCAAGAAUUGGAAAAAAGGAAAAGAAUGAAACCUCCGUUGGUAAAUUUGGACAUGUUGGUAAAUUUGGAAAUAAACGUGGAGAUAUGCUUGUGGAUUUUGCUGAGGCGGAAAAGUUUUACAUAAUGAAUUCAUUUUUUAAAAAGAAGUCAUGCAGAAAAUGGACCUGGCGCCACCCAAACGGAGGAAAAUAUGAGAGUGACUAUAUCCUAUCGAAGAAACAACACAACGUUGAGAACUGCAAUGUUCUGAAUAGAUUUAAUACAGGCAGUCACCACCGGCUGGUAAGAUGUAGGCUUCAUCUUAACACUAGAUUGGAACGAAGAAAGCUUAUGAGAACAACAAAUUCUGUUGACUUGAAGAAUCUUAAAGAGCAACAUGAAACAUUCGAAAUGGAACUGAAAAACCGAUUCUCAGUCCUGGAAAAUUUAACUGAAGAGGAAACUGACAUAUCAGAAAUUAACAGACAGAUUACCAAGAUCAUUAUGGAAACAGCUGCUAAAAUUGGAGGAUAUGUAAUCAGAAAGACCGACAAGAAAAUAAUAGAAAAAAACAAGACAAUUGAUGGACAAAAGAAGGAUGAUGAAGAGAAUUAA